CUUCCUGCUUCUGAAGACUUGUUUUUAAAAAUACUGCGUCCGAACUACUACGUCCUCGUUAAAUUCGUGUAAAGACAGAAAUAAGACCUAAAUAAAUACAGGCUACUGUUUAUAGUCGUAUGUUUAUCAUUGAUUUCCAAUCACCAGCGGCACUUUAAUAUGUUGAAGAGGACGACUAAUAUGCUGUUCGGUCAGACCUGCUGAAAACUUCACACAGCACACAGAAUGGAUUUCCAGAAGCUGCUGUUAGAGGUAGGGAGGGCCCUGGGUAAGGACGAGGUGAAAGCUUUAGCAUUUCUUUGCACUGACCUCCUGGGCCGAAGCCCGACCUCGGUGGAGUCGGCCAGUGACCUCUUCUCUCGCCUGGCGCAUCAAGACCACCUUUCUGCUGAGCGACCACACCUGCUGACUGAGCUUCUCCUCAGCAUCCAACGCCCCACCUUGAUUCGUGACCUCAAGCUCACAGACCAAGCAUCUACAACCACAAACCUCAUCUCUCCUUUCAGGAAGCUGCUGUACGACCUAUCUGAGGAGAUUACUGAUGACGACUUGAAAGAUGUGAAGUUCUUGUUAGUCAAAAAGCUGCCUCGUAGAAAACUGGAGGAAAAUGUUACUACACUGGAGGUCUUCCUGGAGAUGGAGCACAUGGAUCUCAUCAGUGACACUAAUCUAGACUUACUAGAAACCAUAAUUAAGGCAGUGUGUCCCAUGCUGCAAGACAGGAUUGUCCGGUUUAAAGCACAGCAGGUAACUCAGACCAGCCCUGUCGCUGAAGAAACGGGUCGACCAAGGGCUAUGACGUAUCCUUUUGAACCAAAUCAAGCCCCCCAGUCUUUAGAUCCUGAGAGGACUACCUCAUGUGAAAUGUCAGAUGAAUUCAGACCGUUGGCUGAGUCUUCCAUGAAUACCUCCAACACCUCUGUGGAUUUUCCAAAUGUAUGUCAUGGUGUAGAUGAGUUUACGGCUCUGUCACAUUCAAUGGGGGGUUUAAGCACUGAAAGUGGAUAUGCCUCCUUGAAAGGUCGUUUGAGUAUCGAGGUUUCGGAAAUGCCGCCUCAAGAAAACAAGGCCUCCCCUGAAAAGCAGAUCACAAACACAAACGUGGAGGAUUUGGGAACAUAUCCUAUGACUGCAGCAAAGAGAGGUAUCUGCUUGAUAAUAAACAACUACAACUUCACUAACUCCAUAAACGGUCUCCAGAAGCGGGAGGGGACAGUGCAUGAUGAAGAGUGUCUGCACAAGGUGUUUGAAUGGCUCGGCUUUGAGGUAGAGGUACAUAGAGACUGUAUGACUGAGAAGAUGCUGUCCCUGAUGUGUGAGCUCGGCAGGAGAAACCAUAGUCAGAUGGACUGUCUCGUAUGCUGCAUUCUCAGCCACGGCAAGGAGGGAAGUGUGUAUGGUGUGGACGGCCAGACAGUCAAGAUUAAGGACCUGAAGGAACCUGUCAAUGCACUUAAGUGCACCUCUUUGGCAGAAAAACCCAAGCUGUUUUUCAUCCAGGCCUGCCAGGGCACCUGUGAGCAGACGGCUGUCUCCAUCGAGGCUGAUGGUCCUUCGCUUCGUUAUGUUUGCAACGAUGCUGUCAAAGCUAACGAGUCUAUCCCAUGUGAUGCAGAUUUCCUGCUGGGAAUGGCCACCGUUCCUUCUUUUGUCUCUUACAGAGAGAGGAAGAAUGGCACGUGGUUUAUUCAGUCGUUGUGCCAAAAUCUUGUCAAUAUGGUGCCAAGGGGUCAUGACCUUCUGUCCAUCCUGACCAAAGUGAAUUCAGAUGUUAGCCAGAAGACUGAUUGCCACGGUAAAAAGAAGCAGAUGCCUCAACCAGCUUUGACACUCAGGAAGAAAGUGAUCUUUCCGAAACCCGAAGCUCUCGCCCCCAGCCUGUCGCACUGCGCACAAUAACCUGACGCCUGUUUGAUUGACUCACUCAUCAGACUCAUCCCUGAGACAAAAGUGUUCACAGUUUUAAAACUGCCAGAUACACUCCAUUAAGGUUUAAAAAUAUUUUCGUGAUGACACAUGAUGCAAAAUGAAGUAGAUAAAUUUGUCACAUUAUUUUUUUUUUUCUAAGGAUAUCCUUUGGGGGCUUUAUUGGACAGGAUAGACAUAGCGUGAAAGGGGGAGAGCGAGGGCAUGACAUGCAGCAAAGGGCCGAGGCUAGACUCGAACCUGUGGCAGCUGCCACAAGAACACAGCGUCUGUUCACGGGGCGCCCGCUCUACCAACUGAGCCACUGGGCACCCCGUUAUUUUUAUUUUUAUACCUGCUAUGAUACAUACAGAGGUCAAACCCAUUUGUCCACUGUAGCUGUUAUUAUAUCCUUUCUUUUUCUUUUCUUUAAAGAUUUUUUUUUUUGGGCAUUUGUGGCCAUUAUUAGAUAGGAAAGAUGGAGAAAUGACAGGAAACGGGUACAAAGCAAAUGUGUAUCACCAAAUAAUGCUAAAAGAGUCAGUCUUCUGACAUUUUGCACAAAAAAUGAUUUAUAAUUGACAGAAUAUUUAAUAAUGGAAUUAAUUUGCAGACUUUCAUUGUUGAGUGAUGAGAAAUAAUCCAGUCUAUACAUGUGACGUCUUAAAAUAAAAGUAUUCUCUUGAGAAG